AUGGCACGGCUCAAAGAGCUACCUGAACCGACGAAGGCCAGAAUGCCGCAAGCCGAGGUCGAAAAACUGGCCGCGGAAGUGGAAGCUGUGCUGCGGGAACCGAUGAAUCACAGCAUAGAAAAGGCAAAGGAGUUCAUGCGCGCGAAGGAAGAACGCGAGGGCUAUCGUUCUGCACUGGCUCAGAGUGAGAGCUACUCGCAGGGUUCUACUGAAAGCCAGUCGCAGAGAUCUGUGAGUGGUCUAAGAAGUCGGCUGCAAGAGACCGGAAGCCAUACACAGGGUUCUAUGAGUGGUUUGGAAGACGAUUUUCAAGCAACAGACCGCGGACUGCCAAUUGCGUUGUGGGAUGCCGAGAGUGGCAAAUGGCGAGUAGAGAGCAGUUUGAAGUUGUCAGCUAUAGCCGCAUCCCUUGUGACGCGACUCUUGGAGACAAUCUCUGGCACACACGGGCGAGUGAACACCUGA